UUUUUUUUUUUUUCCAGAACCGGAUCUGCGGGAAAUAAUGGAGAUGUCGGGUCUCCCUGUAUCUCCUUGUAUCUUGUUCAAUUUUUUUUUAUUUUUUGACUUGCUCUUCUUUUGAUGGAAACUGGGGCUGCUCCUCAAGCCGGUGUCUUUUCAGGAUUAAAUCCAGCUCAAUUCAAUGCGAACAAUCCGAUUGUCCUGUUUAUCAUCCAGGCGACUAUCAUUCUGAUUUUCUGCCGUGCGCUUGCUGUCCCAUUGGCUUGGUUACGACAGCCGCGCGUUAUUUCAGAAGUGUUGGCCGGGAUUAUCCUGGGUCCUUCUGUCAUGGGCCGGAUUCCCGGAUUCAAGGACGCCAUUUUUCCUGAUCCAUCGUUGCCGUUUCUCAAUCUCAUUUCCACGCUUGGACUUGUGUUUUUCUUGUUUCAGGUCGGCUUGGAAGUCGACUUGGAUAUCGUUCGACGCGACUGGCGAAAAAGUGUGCUUGUUGCUAUUGCCGGAAUGGCACUUCCAUUUGGACUGGGAAUUGCUGUCAGUGUCGGUCUAUACAAACUGCAAGGCGAUCCCAGUGUGCCUUUCAGCAGUUUCUUACUGUUUCUCGGUGUGGCCAUGGCCAUUACGGCGUUUCCCGUCUUGGCCCGCAUUCUGGCGGAAUUGAAACUGUUGCGGACUCAAGUCGGCGCCAUCACCAUGGCGGCCGGCAUUCUGAACGACUGUACUGCUUGGAUUCUGUUGGCCUUGGUUGUCGCCUUGUUGAAUGCCACCGGGGGUUUGGAAGCGCUGUGGGUGUUUUUAACCACGGUCGGGUUUGCUCUCUUUCUGAUCUUUGGCGUCGCUCCACUUUACAAGCGCCUUUGCGUCUAUACCCAAUCUUUUGAGCAUGGGCCUUCGCCUCUUUUAAUGACUGUCACUUUACUGACGGUACUGGUUUCUGCGUUUGUCACCGAUAUCAUUGGUGUGCAUGCCAUCUUUGGCGGAUUCUUGGCCGGCGUCAUCGUGCCUCACAAAGGGGAUCUGGCGAUCAAAAUUACAGAGAAAAUUGAAGACAUUGUCAACAUUAUUUUCUUGCCCCUGUACUUUACUCUGUCAGGUCUAAAGACCCAGAUCGGAUUGCUGGACGAUGGCACCGUCUGGGGUUAUGUGGUCCUCGUUAUUUUUGUCGCUUGUUUUGGAAAAAUCGUAGGAUGUACCUUGGCUGCCAAAGGACUGGGAAUGACUCUCCGUGAAUCGUUUGCCGUAGGCUUUUUGAUGAACUGUAAAGGAUUGGUAGAAUUGAUCGUUUUGAAUAUCGGCCAUGACGCAGGCGUCCUAAAUGAUCAAAUAUUCGUCAUCAUGGUUGUCAUGGCCUUAGUUACGACGUUUAUGACGACGCCCAUGGUACUUUGGCUUUAUCCACCUUCUUAUCAGAAACGGGUGGCGACGGAAACCCAGGAAGGACUGGUAGAAGGGUAUCCGAAAGAGCCCAGCAUUCAACCGUUAUCCGGCAAGACGAUCCCCGAUGACCGGUAUUGUCUUGUGACCAUGCUGAACCGAAUUGAUGCGAUUCCAUCCAUGAUGGCGUUGAUUCGAUUAUUGAAGCAAGAGAGCCUCAACGGAGGGAGCAGCGAGAAGAAGAAACCCAAGCGACAUAUUGAGAUUCAUGCGUUACGGUUACUGGAACUUACGCAACGUGCGUCGGCGGUGAUGAAAAUCAAAGAUUCACGCGAAACCACGCGUCAAGACCCGGUACUGAAUGUGCUUCGAACGUUUGCGAGCUUGAUCGGGUUGGAAUCGUUGCAGACACGAUUGGACUUUUGCCCACUCUCAGAGUAUGUGCAAACGGUAGCUCACCACGGAGAAGAAGUGCAAGCGGACUUGAUCCUGCUACCGUGGAUCAGCAGUCGUUACCUUCAGUGGGACGCUUCCAGCCAUCCGUUGGAACAACACUAUUUGGCUGGCGAAUGGUCCUCGUACCCGACGAGCGAUGUCGAUUUUGCCACCCAAACUUUUGCUAUUCGUCACUGCACGGUGGGCCUGUUUAUCGACCGUGGUUUCGGUCACAUUCAAGAUGGUGAUCCGCGCUUGACGUCGGCUUCGGCAUUCCAGGUCAUCAUCCCGUACCUGGGCGGACCGGACGAUAAUGCCGCGCUUUUAUUCGCAUUACGACUGCACAUGAAUCGCCACGUGGAUGUGCUAAUUUUGCGGUAUACCCACAACAAUGCUUCGCCAGCGCGUGCUGCUGUGUCUCACGCAGGCAUUGUUGCCUUGUUGGAUUCCGAUGCCGCGAGUGAAACCGACCCAUUCGCUUUAUUGCUCGAGGAACAAGGCGCACGAUCGGUGAAUGUGACGUUUCAGCAAGUCCAGAUACCGUUGCAGGGCAACUGCGACAUGUUUGCUUCGCUUCCCCGACCUCUGGGACGACAUGAUCUGGUCAUUCUCGGUCGUCAAGUCACUCAGGUCAACGAUCUGUCACGUCAAUUGUCAGUGACCAACCAUCCGGCCGACACUGACCCUUCCAAUGGCUCGUCCUACAACCGUGACGUCCGUGCCGCUCUAGGUACCCUGACCCACGACAUACUGUCCAUGGGUGUUCAAGCGAGCAUUGUCGUCAUCCAAGCCGCCGACCCCACCGCACGAUCCACCAUCUCGCCGCCCGUCUCCCCUUGAAAACCUGACGUCUCUCGACUUGUUGUAAUAUCAUCUUGUUACCCUUAUUGUUUUCACCUGCAGUUACCUUGUUAGCCAUAUUCCUCAUGUUCAUUUAUCCCGGACUCGCGCAGUUGUUGCAUCAAUAAAACCCCCAUCUUGUUUGAAUAGCAUGAAAUCAAAAGAGG